AUGCGAGUGAACGACCAACGACUUCCUAUCAUGGUCAUAGAAUCAGGGUCAUUUGAAUCAUUAGACCGACUCCGCGAGGAAGCGAAACUAUGGAUUCUAGGAGGCAAUGCCACCGCUGUGAUUAUCAUAUGCUGCAGACAUGUUGGCGAUGCGGACCAAGUCGAAGGCGAGGUCGAGCUACAUACUCCAGACAGUAAUGGCAAUCCGGUUCUACAACAGACAGAGGUUGUUAUUCCGGAGGCUUCUCCACGGCAGGUACGAGAACAGAGCCCCAGAAUGACGAGACGGAUGCUUUUGGGCCUGCCCUUCUCCCAGGCGGAGACCCGGAUGACCAAUUUGAUCUGA